CCAGAGAGAGAGAGAGAGAUACAGUUCAGACCAAAGAAGCUUCCAGAUUCUCCGUCCGCUAUAUAAAUCCCUUUCAUUUCCAUAACGUCUUCAUCAUCAUUAGCCACUUUCGCUUACCUUUGUAAAAUUCAAGAAGCUUUCUUCUCUAAACUAUCAAGCCCAACAAAAAUGCCGAGCAGAAACCCAGGAGUCCUAACUCAGGACUGGGAACCGGUUGUUCUCCACAAGUCUAAGCCCAAGGCUCAGGACCUACGGGACCCGAAGGCUGUGAACCGGGCACUCCGGUCCGGCGCCGCUGUUCAGACCAUCAAGAAGUCCGACGCCGGGGCAAACAAGAAGGCCGCCACCGCACCGGUAGUCAACGUGAGGAAGCUCGAUGAAGGGACCGAGCCGGCGGCUCUGAAUCGGGUAGCGACCGAGGUGAGGCAGGCGAUUCAGAAGGCGCGGAUGGGGAAGAAUAUGAGCCAGGGCGACUUGGCCAAGCAGAUCAACGAGCGUCCUCAGGUGGUACAGGAAUAUGAGAACGGCAAGGCCGUGCCGAACCAGGCCGUGUUGGCGAAGAUGGAAAAGGUUCUUGGCGUCAAGCUCAGGGGAAAGAUCGGAAAAUGAGUACGAUCAAUCACCGUGGUAAAAAAACAAUUGUGAAUUUAUUUUAAUUGAUAGCUGCGAUCUUUGUUUUGAUAGUACAUACUGUAGUGUUUCUUUGUAAUAAGUUUGGCUGCGGAUCUAAGAUUCUGAUCAUGAAAGUAAUUAGAUUGUAAAAAUAUUUGGAUAUAAUAGAAUAAAUCUCAAUCUUGCCGGAA